UCCUCGGCUUCCACUUUGCCUCGCCUACACCUACACCUACACGCUCCUCAUUCUUCACUUGCUUCUUGUGCCGACACAACACACCAAAAUAUUCCACCUUUCUUCUCUUCACUUUUGUUCUCACAGCAGCAAGAUUGAUUACCUAAGCUGAGCUGAGCUGAUGAUGAGUUGAUUCAUCCUCACAUCACACUAUCCAUCCACUCUAAUCUGAGUGAAAUCAUCUCAUCAUACCUAAUUUAUUGUAGCUUACCACCGUAGCGUAGCGUAGCUAGGGGAAAGGAAAGGAGUGCGUUUGUGUAAAUAAUAAAGCAGGCAGCAAAAGAAAAGGGAUUGGAUUCAUCUUCCUCCCUCCCCCUCUCUCUCUCUGAUUCCAUUCCAUUCCAAUCCUCAUCCUCAUCCUCAUCCAUGGAGAUGGAGCACUGAUUCCAAUGGAUCUGUCUGUCCCCCGCUUCCCUCUUCCUCUUCCUCUUCAUUCGAUUUGAACCUACCUCCCGGCUAGCCGCCAUGCCUGCCAAAUCCCCCAACCCAGCUACAUAGACAGACGGACAGCUCCACUCUACUCAAGCCAGGGACAGGGAGCAGCCAUGGCGGCGUCGGCGCCGGCCCCUUCCGCGCGCUCCCGGGCCCUCGCCUCCGCGCCCGCGCCGGCCUCCUCCAGCCGCACCAAUGCAACUCCGGCAGCCGACACCGCCGCGCCCACCACCUCCCCACCUCCCUCCUCCCCGCCCCCCGCCCCACCUCCAAGUCCCAAGCUUGCCGCCUCCCCACCGCCAGCCUCACCGCCGCCCGCCGCGCUCCCCCCUCCAAAGCCCGCGCCUUCCACCACGCCGACCCCAACCACCACCCCACCUUCUCCCCCUCCCAAGCGGCCCCCCGCCGCAGCACCGCCGCCCCCAACAACCACGCCGCCGACGGCUCCCGCUCCAAGAACCACGCCGGACGCUCCCCCGCCGAGAACCGCGCCGGGCGCACCGUCACCGGCCGCCUCGCCUCCCGCCCACGCCCCGACGCGGGCCAAGCCUUCGCCGACGCCACCUCCCGCGGCCGGCCACCACCCGCAGCUGCCCACGCCGGCCACGGCCGUCGACCCGGCCAACCAGCACGGCAGGAGCCCCAACAAGUCCUCCACGCAGUCCGCCGGGGACCGGGGCGGCAGGGCCUCGCCCCCGCCGGGCAGCAACGGGACGGCAAGCAACAGCGUCGUCAUCGCCGUCGGCGCCGUGCUCGCCUUCCUCGUCGUCACCCUCAUAGCGGCCGCCGUCCUCUACACCAAGAAGCGGAGGCGGGGGAGGGACGACUACCGUCCCGGCUUCAGGUCGCCGCCCUACUCUUCAGAGCUGCCACCCUCCUCAGGUUCAGUUCCUUCGGGCUCGGCGAACGCGGCGUUGUCGUCGUCGGCCGACCCUUCCGUCCACACCAACUACAGCGCCGGGAGCCCGAGGCUGAAAGCGUGCGUGUCCGACAUGAGCAUGGGCAACUCACGCUUCUUCACUUACCAAGAAAUGUACCAGAUAACCGACGGCUUCUCGCCAAGCAAUUUGCUCGGCGAAGGAGGGUUCGGGUCCGUGUACAAAGGACGCCUGCCCGAAGGGAAAGACGUGGCUGUCAAGCAGCUGAGGGACGGCAGCGGGCAAGGGGAACGCGAGUUCCAGGCCGAGGUGGAGAUCAUCAGUCGCGUGCAUCACCGGCAUUUGGUUUCUCUCGUGGGGUACUGCAUUGCCAAUAGCCAGAGGCUGCUCGUCUACGAUUUCGUGUCGAAUGACACCCUGCAUUAUCAUCUUCACGGACAGGGAAGGCCUGUUUUGGAGUGGCCGGCUAGGGUUAAAAUCGCUGCCGGUGCUGCUCGUGGAAUAGCAUACCUGCAUGAAGAUUGCCAUCCAAGGAUUAUCCACCGAGACAUCAAAUCCUCAAACAUUUUGCUGGAUAAUAACUUUGACGCAUUGGUGGCUGAUUUUGGUCUUGCAAGACUGGCUUUGGAUGCUGUGACACAUGUGACUACACGGGUUAUGGGGACAUUUGGAUACAUGGCUCCAGAGUAUGCAUCAAGUGGCAAGCUGACUGAGAAAUCCGAUGUGUUCUCUUUUGGUGUUGUUCUUUUAGAGCUUAUGACCGGUCGAAAGCCCGUCGAUUCAUCAAGACCAUUGGGAGAUGAGAGCCUUGUUGAGUGGGCUAGACCAUUGCUUAGUCGAGCUCUUGAGACCGGAAAGCUGGAAGGGUUGGUCGACCCUAGGCUUGAGAAGAAUUUCAAUGAGGUCGAAAUGUUCCGUAUGAUUGAAUCUGCAGCAGCCUGCAUUCGACACUCGUCAUCAAAGAGGCCCAGAAUGAGCCAGGUGGUGCGUGUCCUUGAUAGCUUAGCGGAUAUUGACCUAACGAACGGCGUCCAGCCAGGGCAAAGCGAGCUCUUCAACGUGGCAAACACCGCAGAUAUCAGGAUGUUCCAGCAGAUGGUGCAGGGCAACCAGGAUGACAGUUCCGCGUUCAGCCAGUAUAGUUGGAUCAGUCGUAGUAGGGCCGACGCCGAGGCCACCUCCUCAAAUUCCCGGAUCUUGUGAUGAUCAUCAGGACCAUCACUAGUAGCAAGCUUCUCCUUUGUUUAUGUGCUCCACGUGUACGUAGCCAUUCUUCUCGACCCACUGAUUCGGCCGGGCUGUAUCGAUCACCGAAAAGUCUGGUGUAAUUCUUGCCUUAUUAUGAUUGCUCAUGUGUAGAUCACACGAGAAGAUGUAAUUCUUGUUUGACAAAUUAAGCUAGCUGUUGUUGUGGUUGUUAA